UUAUUGGCAUAUUUUAAAAGAUUUUAUCAAUGUCUUUUGUGGUCAAUGGAUGGACAAUCGAUUGAUUCAGGUCGCAUUUUUGAGUCGAAAUUGAAAGUAUAUUGUCGUCGAUUUGAUGGGUCUAUAAAAGCCCAACAUUCCAACAUUUCCAUCACAUUCCAAACAUUUAGCGAAAAUGGUGCAAACAUUUCAUCUUCUAUAGUCAUUUCGGAUACCCAAAAAAUGGUUGAGGUAACCAAACUUUCAUUUUCAUUAAAUUACACAAAAUGAGCAGAAAACAAGGUAGGCACAAGUGAUUCAAGCAAACUGACCGAAUGCUCAAUGAAAUUUGUAAUUUAUUGAAAAAGGAAUUUGUUGUACACAUUUUUUUUUCAUGUACACAUAAUUGCUUAACACCUUGAUCAAGAUUUGACAAUACAUGACCCAAAAUGAUUCGGAACUAAAUUGUUGCCAAAGACGGUACCUCAAUCGUUUUCACAAUAACCAACCAAAUACAGUACCUGCUAAAUGGAAUGCGUUUGUCUGCAAAAUGAAUUCGAUACAAUUGAACCGAAGCACACAUGCAUACCCACACAUCUGAGCAACAGCCGAAAACUGCGUGUGCAGCAACACACAGUAGUGGCAAUGAAUAUUUCCAUUUUAAAGAAAAGCAUAAGAAAUUAAAGUAAUAGAUAAUCCACACUAUAUAUGUGUGUGUGUGUGUGUGUGUGUUGAAUAUUAUAUAAAAUUUGAAUAGGUAGCGGCAGUAGUGAAAAUGAUGAAUACGUGAAAAACUUGAAUAAAAAUUCCGUAUAGUUUACGCUGCAAACAUUGUAGCUGCUUGCAAUUGCUGACGAAUAUAGCCACAAUGGCCUGAAGAAAAAUGAGAGUGAACAACACAUUUUUUGAACAUGAUUCCACGCUGUAGUGGAUUAACCAUAUCUUUUUUGCACUAAACAUACACGAACGCUACUUAUAUCGAACACGAGUACUGGCUUAUUGUGCGGCUGAGUUUCGCGUGUAUGUUUGAAUGGGAAUGGAAGACCAUAUUCUGUGGGGUAUGAGGCUUCGUGCAAAAUAUCUCAAAUGGUGCAGAACAACGAAUUGAACACUUUAAGCCGAAAAUUAACCGUUGUUAACAAUGGGCCGGGGAAGUUAGCAAAUACAAAGUUUAUUAAAAUUUCAUCAGUUAUGAGCGGAUUUGGGACGAAAUGUUAGACUCGGUUACAACGAAAACAUACAUCUAUCUUAGCUGCAAUGUAACACAAGAAAUAUUCAGCAAUAUUUCGGAUGAACGUAGUUUCUUAUUCAAAAUUGGAAGAAUACUCUCAAACUUCAGCGUUGAAAUAAGUGACACACAGUUGGUUUAAACAAACAAUCAUUCUGCCAUCAAAUGUGAGUUCUCACACGCAAAUAUUUGGAUGAUAUCAGAAUGGCUAGAAGAAGAGACAAAACUAUAUAAAUUAAUGUAAAAAUUCACCUUCAAUUUAUGUUUAACUUUCGGCUUAACAACUCUUUAUUAUAUUUUCCAUUCAUGUUGGGCAAAAUAGUUUUUUUUAUAUCAUCAGUUGAAUGGACUCAAAAUAUUAUAUUAUACGCUGAAAAUCGUAGUAAUUCACGUGUUGAACGAAUUGGAAUCGUGUGUGUGUUUGUGUGUAAAAAAACAUCUCAUUCGUAAGUCAUUUGCCCGAGAUAUCUAACGUAUUCGGUGAUCAAAAUGAUCACAUUAUAAAAUUUCGAUAAACUUCCCAAAUUGUUGCGUACGCUGCGAUGAUUCGUAAAACAAGUUUCAUCUCUAUCAAUUCCAUAAAAUUCACGGACAUAGGGAAUUAAGCACGAUAUUUUUAGUGCGAUUUCGACACAAACAAACAUCGCGAGAUCGGAAAUUCAAGACCAUUCGAUGAUGAUAGUUCAAUGAAUGGGUGAGUCUAGUAAAUCUAUAUAUACGAUUACCAAAUUACCUUUUGGGCCAUGAAUAAGUCUGUAAAAUGUGUGUGAAAAAAAACACAAAAAUCCGAAUAAAUUCAAGGUUAAUUCGAAACUUGUUUGUCUAAUCGAUCCUUUUUCGGCAAUCCGGAAAGAAAGAACUUUUACCACGUGCGAUUUCGACCAGAAAAACCAGAAAAAUUUACAUAUAUACAAAUUGAUUGCCAAAGAUCGUUCACGUCAACCAAUUUACAUUGACUGUUGCUAUUGAAAAAGCCGAAUGAAAGGCUCAUGAGAUCAAGGUGAAAAAUGUGCACAAAUGCCAAUUUGUUAAGAAAAUAUUGAAUGAAUCUAGAGCCGCAGCAACACAUUAUAUGAACUUAUGCCGAAAAAUUCAGGCACAAUCCACAGGUUUUGAGUGAACAAAAGAUUUGAAAUGUCUGAUAAUCAAGCAAGCGUCGAACCUUUAGAUCGUUCGACGAUGCGAGUGUUCGAGGUUGAAUUUCCGAAUAGCAGUUUAUGCAGUUCUUGUUGUGUGUUCCAUUUACUACAAUCGACAACAACGAAUUAAUUACAUUCAAUUCAAGAAGAUUCGAUUGUUGGUAAGCACAAAACACGGGAACAAGGCAAAAUCACGCAGGAAAAAAACAAAAUUUUUCAUUCGUUCUACUGCAUUCACACAAUGGAAUAGAAUGAAAAUAUUAAAUUGUGGUCAUACACAUCUUUAGCGUGUGUCAAAUGGAAAAUUUCUAACCAGUACCCAAUGCAAUUCGGUGGCAAUUCGAUGAGCAAUCAGCCAUACCACGAUAUUAAUUGCUCAAUCAAAAAAUGUUUGCAUUAGGCUUGCCCCCCCCCCCCGAUACCGAAGGCAAUACGCAAGCUCAAAUAAGCAAAUGAAAUUCGCCAUGUGGCGAUCGCAUGCAUACUCAAUGCACUGCCAUUCAAUAAGAACCGAAACUGAAAGCAAUCGCAUUGCAAUACGAAUAUGCUCGCAUUCAAUGCAAAGCCCAAUAACAAAUCAAAACAUGUUUUUUCUACAAUUUCCAUUUUGAUGUAAGACAACACAUAUGUACGUACGUUGCGCAAAUACGAUUCUGUUUUUUUUUUUAUUCAUUUCGAACGAAGGAAAUCCACCAAGACAACCGAUGAUAUGGAGAAUGACUGUAGUAACGGUAUUGACGUCACAUCUUGAUCGAUAUACACGGACAAACGCACAAUGCGUCCGCAUCUCAAUUUCGCACAUUUAUCUUGUAUUAUUUUACAAUAAGAACAAAAAAUCAGUGGCAUUUGAAUCAAUUUUUGAACACGGUUCACAUCUUAAUAAUGAUUGAUUCCAAAUCGUCGAUGCUUUCGCUUGCAAAUUGCGUCACUCUGUUUUGAUUCGCAGGCCCACAAAUGACGCGUGGUUUCACAAUAGCUCUUCUCUUCUUUUUUCUAUUUUUCGAAGAUUUAAUCAGUCCAAUUCAUAGCCAAUUCUAUUUUUGGACAAAAAUUUGGGUUUUUUUUAAGUUUAUUUGUAUGGGGAAUAUUUCCGCUCAUUUGAUAUGAACGAUCAAUUCGAGUCUCUUCAGUGGAGAACUGCUCGUCUUUAGCGCCAUGCAAGCAUUGUUCAACACUACUUUGUAGCUAUUAAGUGUUGCGUUGGCCUGGAGGAUGUGGGAGGCACUUCUGAUUUCAACAACUCUCUUACUGCUCUUCUGAAUGCGACCAAAACAUAAGAAAAAACUUCCAUUUCCUUCUAAAUCACGGAGGACGGUAACCCGACAAGUGAUGCUCCAUUCUUAUUUGUUUAAAUCAAAUCUUUCUCUGUUUGACUUUUUUCCGUGUCACUUUUUUCAAACCAAAUCAAAUUAAUUCGAGAAAAAAAAACAGUUAAUAACAUCAUUACUUUAAUUGGAUUGUAAUCACGACUUUUAAAAUGUGCGUGAUAAAUAAUUGGCCACGACAAUAAUUUAGCAUAAAAUCAUGUGAAUAGAAAAAAAAGCAACGGCGAAAAAGAAAUGUCAUCGAUUAAGCUCGAUGUGUGUGUUUCAGCACGUAAUCACCAUCUGCAUUUUUAUUGCUCCCUAUCACAUUGCUUACAACUCUGAUAAAAAAGAUCAUAAAUAAAUUGUCGAUUUUCGCGUUGUCUCCAAUUUAUUUGGUUUCAUUGAUUCGCAGCAAGCAAUUAAGCGGUGGCUGAAGUUGCCGAGAUUCAAUAUCGAAAUCAUGCAAGUGGACGGGAGAUUACUGCGCAUUGCAGCAACAUAUGUGAACUUGUAAUUCGGUAUGUAUGCUCCCCGCCAAGACGUUUACACAUGUACAAAUCAUUUUGAACACUUUGCGCUGGUCACUUAUCGAAAAUGCAUUUAAUUUAUUAUGGUUGGCAUUGUUUUUCUGUCCAUUUCGGCAUAAACAGUCGCUUUGUAAUUAUCAUCAUAUUUUAUGAUAUUCUGGUCUGAUGCACGUCAUCUCCUCGGCAUGAAUGUACAAAAAGGGAGAAUCAUAUCGAAUGACGCUGAUCCAGAAGUAAAUCAUUUUAUGCUAUUUUAAUGGGCUUUUUCUUCUGUUGCUUGUUGUUUUGGUGAUGGUGUCGCGUGGCUCUUUGUCAUUUGUUACUUUUUGUCAUCAAAACGUAAUGAUUGUUUUUAUUUAGCAUUAAUUACUUUAAUUUACUUGCACCGGGCCCUACCUCAGUGUUGCCAAAUACCAUGGGAAAUUGUUAAAUGUCUUGGGAAAAUGCAGCAAUUCAGCUGACAUCGUCCUCCAUCGCAUUCUGUGAAAUGGUCGAAAACGAAGAAUCGCCGAGAGUUUCUUUUUCGUUUUUACAAAGCUCUUUAAUUUUUUUGCAGCAGCAAGACAAAGAUAAUUUCGAUGACGGGAACGAGUGACCCAAAAAACCCGUCUUUUUGAACAUAUUCGCAAGGUUUUCGACACUGACGAACGAAAAACAAAAACUGGCCAAUGAACGAUCUAAAAAUAUUGUUUAUAUUUACAUGAGCGACCUGAAACCGCCACAUGCAAAAUCAUGGAGGCAAAAUCACCAGUGAAAGUUACAAAAUACGAUGCGUGUGUAUGUGUGUAGCGGCUAGUGUAAUAAAAUUACAGCCACUGGUAUUUGAGCAUUGCAUCUUAUUUAGGCGAAAAAGAGCCGAUAUCCAUGAACACGAUAGCAUUCAAAACAAAAUAAACUGAACCGAAAAUUCGCAUACAAAACACUAAGACUCAGUGAUUUGGUUUAACUGCUCGCACGGUUCAGCAGUGUCGAUCGCCUUCGACCAUUCAACAGAAACUUCAUGCGAUGGCACACACACACACACACACACAAACGCAUAUACUUUUUGCUUGCGGUAUUGCAUAAAUUUUUUUUUGUGUGGCAGCCACUUUGUAAUCAUGAAAUACGAUGACGUUUUUCCCUUAACAAAGUCAAAUUUAUGGUUUUUUCUUCAUUUGUGAUUUCGAUAUCAACGCAUGUGUUUUGGAUUCACAAGAUUUUCCGUUGAGAAAGAAAUAUCAAAUAGGUAAAAAUCAUCGCAACAAAAUCAUCAAAUUGAGCCGAACUCCAAAUAAAUAACACGAUGCUUACGAACAAUAUUUCGUGAAGACUUCUUGUCUCAACGUUUUUUUGUAUGUAUAAUCAUUCAAAUUUGCAUUGCAAAGUAGGGGAGCAAUCGUCAAAUUGUGGCAAAGUAAAACAAGUUUCAACUUGUUCACCCAUUCAGUUCAACCAUUCAGUUUGACAGGUGUGAAGUGACGAUGUAAAUUACAAACGCCAGACAAAUGAAUGUAAUUUCUCCGCAUUUCAUGGUCAUUAAUCCGUACUAGAACCAAGAAAAAUAUUCUCAUACAAAAGAAUGGCUGCUUGCGCUUUACUUGGUUCGUUUGAACUCCUAAAAAGUCAUUGAGAUUUGUGGUUGCGCUUCUCGACUUUGCAUUCGACUUGGAAAAACGUAGCCAAAUUCAAAGCCCGGCAUAAUUAUGAACAUAAUUGCAGCAAUUAUUCGGUGAGCAAUUCAAACCAGACUCGCGUCGAAUUAUAACUUAAUUGCCAUUUUAAUUCCAAUUUUCUUAGGAGCAUUAAAUAAACAUUGAGACAUCAUUGAGCGUUUGAACGAUCAUAAUCUUGAAUAGAAUUUAAGUUAAUUCAUGUUCUGUAAUUGGUCGGUUUGUUUUUUGCAUUGAAAUCAUUUGAACAAUUUUUUCAGUAUUACUUGCAGCCAGUGAAAAGUACCACAUCAUACAAGCGACCUUAAGUGGCCGUGAAACCGUUGCAAAUUGAAUGCAUUUCAUGUGGAUUUGGUUCUUCAAUUUAAUUCGACAAUGAUCAUUCUGCUCGAUCGAAUUUGUUUGGAGUAAACAACGAUUUUCUGAGCCGCCCAUCGUUUCUCUUGCUGAUGGUUUCCACGAGAGGCUAGUCACAAUUUGGACAUUCUUAAUUAAAUCACGAAAGGCCACUCUGUCGAUGGAAGAGAGAAUGUGUGAUGGCUUAUCGCAGCAGACGUAUAUAUACUUAAUGAAACUCCAUUGCAACAACAGCCAGAUUUGCACGCUUCAGCUGUCACAAAAGUGUUAAUCAUUAAACAGAUUUCAGUUGAGAAAUUAUUAUUCGAAUAAAUCAGUGGCCAAAACAAAAAUGAAAGAAAACAAAAAUGGGAGAUAGAGAGAGAGAGAGAGAGAGAGAGAGAGAGAGAGAGAGAUCAAUUUGUUGUUACCAUCUAAGUUUAUACGUUAUUCAAGAGAUAAUCAAUCAAAAUGAGUCGUUCGGAGCAAUUAACGCCUAUACAGGAACUGUACAAAGGAAAAACAAUCUUCAUCACCGGAGGUUCGGGUUUUAUGGGCAAGGUUUUGAUUGAGAAAUUGUUGUACUCAUGCUCGGAUCUGAAGCAGAUUUACUUGCUGAUUCGUCCAAAAAAAGGAAAGUCGCCAGAAUCGCGUAUUGAAGAUAUGUUCAAAAUACCGGCUUUCCAACGUCUUAAAGAGGAGAAGCCAGAACAAAUGAAAAAGUUGGUGCCAAUCCAAGGCGAUGUGACAUUUGAUUCGCUUGGUUUGAGCGGUGAAGAAAUGAAUCGUAUCUGUCGCGAAACAAACAUUGUGUUCCAUUGUGCAGCCACACUGCGCCUGGAAGCAAAUUUAAAGGAUGCCCUCGACAUGAACACAACUGGAACAAAACGUGUAUUGGAUGUGGCCCGUAAAAUGACCAAUCUAUUGGCAUUCAUCCAUUUAUCUACGGCCUUCUGCUAUUGUGAUCAAGAGGUGUUGCUCGAAAAGGUCUACGAUUGUCCACACGAUCCAGAAGAUUUGAUCCGUUGCGCCAAAUGGAUGGACGCGAAAACAUUAGAAAAGAUUACACCUGAACUCUUGAGCCCACAUCCAAACACAUACACCUAUUCAAAGCGUUUGGCUGAAAUUCUCGUCCAAAACCAAUAUCCAAAUAUGCCAGUAUGCAUCGCACGACCAAGUAUCGUAUCGCCCGCUUGGGAAGAGCCUUGUCAAGGAUGGGUAGACAGUUUGAACGGACCGAUCGGUAUUAUGGUUGGUGGCGCUAAGGGUGUUAUCCGUACUAUGUUGUGCAACGGUGAACAUCGUUCUGAGGUUAUUCCGGUCGAUAUCGCCAUCAGCGGUUUAAUUGCAAUCGCCUACAAGAUUGCAAUAACCACACAAAAGCCGAAAAAUAUUCCAGUUUACAAUGUCACAUGUUCGGACAGCAAGAAAGUGACAUGGCGUGAAGUACUCGACCAAGGCAAAGCACUCAAUUACAAAUAUCCAUUUGAAGGUGGUGUCUGGUAUCCAGGUGGUGAUAUGACCACAUCAAAACUUGUUCACACCUUAAAAUUGUUCUUCUACCAAUUGUUACCGGCUUAUUUCAUCGAUUUUAUUAUGUUGUGCAUUGGUCAAAAGCGAUUCAUGGUACGUGUUCAAAGACGAAUUUUCGAUGGAUUAGAUGUUUUACAAUUUUUCACAACUCGCCAAUGGGACUUCCGUACAGAACGAUUCUUUGGCCUAUACCGCGAACUAACACCGAAAGAUCAGCAAAUAUUCAACAUGGACACCGACGGCAUUCCAGAUUUUGAAUACUUGAAACGCAGUAUUCUGGGUGGUCGUCAAUAUUGUCUCAAGGAACCAUUGACCACAUUGCCAAAAGCCAGACGUCAAUUGAAAGUAUUGUAUACCAUUGAUUUGAUCUUCAAGAUUCUCUUCUACGCAUUGAUGUUGUGGGCAUUCUUGUCAAUCACUGGACUGAAACAAUACGUGCAGGCUUUUUACUCUGAAUCCCAAGGAUUUUUGAAGCAAUCAUAAAUUUAAUAUUUAUGAUUCAACUAUGGAAUAGGAAUUAGAAACUCAAUUUUUUGUUUUUUUUUUUUAGUAAAGAAGGAAAAACCAUAAGAUUUUGUAGUGCAUAAGAAAUGAAUGGCAGUUACCAAUAUACUCUAAGCCGAAAUUAUGCAACGACACGACAUUUUUUCUUCAAUUUUUUUUUUUAUGUUUUGCGCGUUCAAAAGAAACAAUCUACAUAAUUCUACAAUCAUUUAUACCAUUAUCCUUAUCGCUGACUUCGAAUAGAUUCUUAUUCAUUCACGACAUUACUAUGAUAGUUGUAGUAGUAGCUGCUUGAGGAACAAGGGUACGACAACAUUAUCGCUUUUUUUAUUUUCAUUUUUUUUACACCUUAUAAUUUACUCAAAUUUUUUUAUACAAUGUAAAAUUCUUAUGGAAAAUUCAAUAAAAUAUUGAGAAAUAAAUAAAAA